AUGUUGUGUUGCUGUAAUAGAAUCUUAUCGGAGUCGGAGCUUAACCGACUGAAGGAAUACACCUUCAAGCCAGGAAACUUCACGUUCCUAGAUAGAGUGAUGAUGCGGUUGCUAUGGGAGCCAGUAGUGAGAGUGCUGCCAACAUGGUUCAGCCCAAACCUGCUGACGCUGUUAGGAGGACUGUGCGUAUUCAUAAUGAACUUCUUCGUCUUCUACUACGUUCCUAAUUUCAGAGCAUCUUCAGUGCCAAAGUGGACGUCACUGAUAAGCUCAAUCCUGGUAUUCGCAUACACAACACUGGACGGCAUCGACGGGAUGCAAGCAAGGAAGCUGAAACUGGAAUCGCCAAUGGGACAGCUGCUGGACCACGGAACGGACGGCCUGGUGUCCUCGUUCUUCUGCUACUUCACCUUCCUGGUGAGUCCAAGCGGAUACUCAAUGGUCAACGCACUGAUCACAGUCUCAGCACUGAUCAACUCGUCAGCAGUGAACUGGAGAGAGGAGGACUUCGGAACGUUCUCGUACACAAACAGUUUCUUCAUUUUCGGAGUGUCAGAGCCACUCUUAGCGGUGGUGAGUAUCCUGUUUGUAAACUACUUCUACCCGAACUUUUGGCUCUCGCCAAUGGCAAAAACGUUGCACAAGUACAAGUCGAUGAGAGUAGUACUCAAGUAUGUGCCGAAGAACCUGUCGUGGUUCACAGCAUUCUUGUACUUCGCACUGGCAUUAUCAUUUUACACGUUCGUAGGAUUCCCGUACGAGAUGUACAAGAGUAACAAAAACGUAAAAAACCUGAUUAGGCUCGCACUGUACCUGACCUUUAACUGCGUGUUGCCACCAAUGCUUACACUGUCGCUGCCGCAGAAAUUACACGGACUGUACUCAAUCUUCGUGUCGUCAAUCGGAGGCAUGGGAGUGAUAUUCAUCAUCAUUUCGAACCUGCGAAAGAGGAAGCACAGGCUCUUCUACCCGGAGUUCCUGUUCCACUACCUGUUGGUCUUCACAGGCUACUCGCUGGUCCUGGCCCGUAAACUAUUCGGACUUAAGUACGACAAAAUAGUAUUCAACAGCAUAUGUUUCGAAAGAACACUGCUCUGCCUGACAGUGGCCGGAAUUCUACUUGGACUGCUCAAAGCCGUGCGUGUAUUCUACGAGAUCAAAACACAUCUGAGUUUGCCAUUUUUCACAACCAAGAGACCAAAUAAGAGGUCGUGA